AAAAAAGAGAGAAAAGAAAAAGUCACUCCCCUUCCGCAGUUUCCAAAAACCCUAAUCCCGCGCGACCCUCCUCGCUCUCACGGUCUCACCGCUCUCGCCAAAACCCUAAUUACCCUUCCACCCUCUUUCUCCUCGAUCUCCGCCAUCAUUUGCGGCGGCGCACGCGGCACCGGCGAGAGCGGCGCCGCCAAUGCGGGGAGAUCUCCGGGGAGCGCGGUGAAUGCGAGGCGAUCUCCGUAGGGUUCGGUCCAUUUCGCGCUAGGUUCGGUUCGGCCACUCGAGCUCAUCGUUUCGGCGAUGGAGGGCGGCGGCGGAGGAGGAGAGGCGGCGCGGCUGGAUCCUGCCGGGGCCCCGGGGGCGUCGUCGUCCCCGUGGAGGAAGACGCAGGCGGCGUCAGCGCCGGCGCCGGCGCCGGCGGAGGGGAGGAGCGCCGAGGGGCCGGUGAUGGGAACGGAGUCAUGGCCCGCUCUAGCGGAUGCGAGGCAGAAGGGGCCGGCGUCAGCGGCGCCGGCCGCGAAGGGCUCGGGUCCCGAGAACGGGGCUGCGGCGGCGCCGCCUCCGCCUCCUCCGGCACAGGGAUCAACUGGCCCGCAUAAAUCGGAUGGAUUUAAUAGUAAUCCUCCCAAUAAGUAUCAUCGAUCACAUCACCGUAGAAAUGGCCCCAAGCAUUAUCCUCUUGCAUCCGGUGCACCACCAUUCCCUGUACCUUUGCCCUAUCAUCCGCAGCCCGGACAGCCAAUGAUGUACCCUAUUGUACAUCACCCACCUGUGAUGGUUCAUGAAUACAGAUAUCAGGCCGGCCCUUUUGUUCCAAUUGGUCAAGCUAGAGGAGUUGACACAACUAGGAAUUUGCCGCAACCUCCGCCAAGAGGGGAUCCAAAUACAUGGGGCCCGGGUGCCGGCACUUUUGGUAGUAGACCUCAUAAUAUUCAUGAACCUGGCAGCCGUUAUAAUCCACCAUUGUACAACAUGAACAUGCCACGUGGCAUUGGACCCAGGACUUUCUUUAGGCCGGUUUCACCCAAUUUUGGUUUCGCUCCUGGGUUUGUCCAUGGACCUGCCUUUCCUGGUCCUCCACCUCCUCCUGCAAUGUAUUAUGUUCCUGCUGUUCCUCCAGAAAUAGUAAGAGCUCCUCAUUUUAUUGCGCAUCCUCCCAGCCCAGCCCAUGCAGAUCUGACACCUUCAGAAGUAGAGUUGAGAGAGAAAAAACCUUCAGAAAAAGAGUUGAAAGAGAAAAAAUCUCCAGAAGAAGAGUUGAGAGAGAAAAUAUUAAACCAAAUCGAGUACUAUUUCAGUGACAAAAAUCUCCCAACGGAUGGUUAUUUGCUAUCAGUACUGGAUGAACAGGGAUGGGUUUCAAUUUCUAUAAUUGCUGGGUUUCGUAGAGUUAGGAAUUUGACAACAGAUGUACCUUUAAUCCUUGGUGCUUUGCGGAGUUCAAGUUUAAUUGAAGUUCAGGGUGACAAGAUAAGGAGGCGUAAUGACUGGCAUAAGUGGGUUUCAAAUUCAACAAAUUCCGUGUCUAUGGAGAGCCAACCCAUUAUCACCAUGGAGAGCAAGGAUAAAGGUGCAAUGGAUAACAGUGGGAUAUCUAAUGAAACUGCUGAGUCUCAAGCUACAUGUAAAAGCCAAGAAGAAAAAUCUAAUAUACAAGAUAAGAGUGUUUUAGAAUGGAAUGUGGUGAAGGCACAAACCGCUGCUGCAGACUCACAAGAGACUGCCGCUCUUUCUGCUAACUGUGGUAUUGAAGUAAAAAAACUACUCAUGCAGUCAAGUGGGAGAUCUGAGAUGCAAAAUAUAGAUGGUUUUACUAAUGGUUUGGUGAUUGAAUCCCCUUCCUUUUGUGGGGAUCAAAGCACAUUCAUGCUUGAUGAAGAGCUGGAGUUAGAGCAGACAUCUGUUGAAAAAGGUCAUAAUUGUCCAAAUGGAAGGGUUGACGACGAGGAAGAUGAAAUGGAUGUUAAUGAUCAGGAUGUGCAUAGAUUAAUAAUUGUUACCCAAGAUAUCAGGAUAGACAAAGAUGAUAAAGCUGGAUCAAGGGAGUCAAAAUCAAUUUCGAAUGAGCUUGCAUCUGCUAUAAGUGAUGGCCUUUAUUUUUACGAGCAGGAGUUGCAAGCCAAACGCUCUGGUAAUGAAAACAUUUCCAGAGCAGAGGUGCGAGAUGGUGGUUCUAGACAUUCUAACUUUGGAAGCCACACUACAGAUUCAAAGGGCAGUACGACAGUAUCUGGUAAUAAUGGCUACAAGGACACCGGACAUGCUACUUCUCGGAGGCGACAUAAUAAAGGGAACAAUAGCCAGACACAUGCCUCACAGAAACAGCGCUUGUUUCCGAGUAAUUUUAGAUGUUAUCCCAAUGGUCGCAAUCGUCAAGGAAUUGUCUCGGAAAGUCCCCCAGGCACCUCUAUUGGCUUUUUCUUUGGAUCUACCCCACCUGAAAAUUGCGGCCCCAUUUGUUCAAAGUUGAGUAGUUCUUCUCUUGCUUUUCCACCCGGGAGCAGCCCGCCUGUGGGUUCGAUGCCAAAAUCUUUCCCACCAUUUCAGCAUCCAAGUCAUCAGCUUCUAGAGGAAAAUAAAUUUAAGCAGCAAAAGUAUUUCAAGUUUCACAAGCGUUGCCUUAACGACCGCAAGAAAUUAGGAAUUGGUUGUAGUCAGGAAAUGAACACACUGUAUUGGUUUUGGUCAUACUUUCUGAGAGAUAUGUUUAAUAAAUCCAUGUACGAUGAGUUUCGCAAGCUGGCUCUGGAAGAUGCAGCCGCCAAAUACAAUUAUGGGCUUGAGUGUCUCUUCAGAUUUUACAGCUACGGUUUGGAGAAAAGCUUUAAAGAAGAUAUAUAUAAAGAUUUCGAGCAGCUUACGCUCGAGUUCUACCAGAAGGGCAAUCUCUAUGGCCUUGAAAAAUACUGGGCAUUUCAUCAUUACCGAGAUAGUAGUAAACCACUGAAGAAGCAUCCGGAGUUGGAGAGGUUGCUGAGGGAGGAAUAUCGAACCCUAGACGAUUUCAGAUCCAAGGAAAAGGUGGGAAAGGCUGGGGGAAAAGAGUGUAUUAGUAGCACCACCAGCAGCAGCAGCAACAGCUCGACGGAAAAAGAAAGAGAUCAUGCCACUGCUUGUCAUAGCUAAAAUUUUUUUGGUGAAUCUGAUGACAGAAAAGGAGUAAAUUUUGUUCCGUUAAGAGGUUCUGAUGAUGCCACAUCUGUGCAGAUUUUGCCGUCCCCUGCCGGUAGUAAUUGUGGCUGAAUUUGGAGUUAUUUUAUUUUAUCUUCUUUUUCUCCAUCCGGAUUUGUACAUAAAAAAAGGAAGUUAAUAAUUGCUUCAUCUUCUGGAAUUUGUAGAAAUUAAUGAAUAAUAGAGUUCCGAAUUAGAGAGAUGCUUCACUAUGA